ACGAGAUGAAACAGCUAACUUGGGUGUUUGGUAACAACUUUUUUAUUUGGCUUUUUAUCAAAACAGCCAAAACUGAAAAAGCCACUAAUCAUAGCGUUUAGGCAUUAGCCUUUCCGUUUAUCCUUCGAUUUUCCUGAUUUGCCCGCAACUCCUCUUCCCAUAACUGUACAACUUCCUUCUCUAAUUCAUCAGACAAGCAUCUUCGUGCUUUUGCAGUUUGCUCUCCAGGGUUUUGACUCCGGGAUAAAGUCUAGAUACUAUUGGCGGGGUUUCAACAACGUUUAUGCUCCCUCUAUAGCUCUCCGUCGCUAAGCUUGGAUUUCCACGCGGCAUGCAUGCUAGUAGGAUGUCAUUGUAAAUGAUAAAAAUGAUUUCUGAAUCAAAUAUUUGCUGAUAUCGCAUUUCUCAUGGGCAUCAUGGCUCGUAAAGGAGGCCAAGUAAAGCACGGGUUUAAUAGUCAUUUAGGAAACACAAGAAAAGAACAUGUUGAUUCUGGUUCUGGGCUUCCAGAUAAAUCACAAAGCAAUGAUGAAAGUGAGCCACAUGUCAUUACUGAGGAAGAACAUUUAAGCGGUAAUCUGCCAAGUGUACCUUUAACUCAAGAACUGAAUAGUUCCUCUCAACCUGAAGCAAAGAGGAAAAACAAACAUAAACACAAGAAAUCACUAAAAAAGGAGAAGCAAGAUGCAGUUGCCUCAGCAGUAACUGAGCACGUCGAAGCUCUAGGAGAGUUGGAUAGUCAUCAUCCACAUAAAACAGAUGCUUCUGAGUUAAGAGAAGGAAAAGAAACGCCUUUCUGCAAUGAUUAUAGCUCCGGGGACCCAAAGAGCAGGACCAGUUCCUCAGUAGAAGGAACUGCUACUCGAGAAACAAUUGAGAAAUCAGUUAUAAUUGUUUUUAGGUAUUUGCGGACGAUAGCUAUAUCGAUUUCGAAUUCAUGUAUUGAGUGGAUAGAGAGGAGGAAACCAUGGAUGAGACAUUUAAAGUGCAUUGUAUCAAAUGCUAGUGUGUAUGCUCAAAGGAAGGCUGAACAAGCAUAUCCUGUUGCUUUAAAAUGGAUUGUGAGUUUUGGCAACAUACUGCUUUUGUUAUCAAUGGUUUGGUUAGACUGCUGUCUCAGAGGAAUGGGCUCCUUCCUAUGUAUGGGGACGACUUCACUUUUUUCAUUCAUGUGGUGGGGUGUUCUCUCUUUGAUCGCAGUGAGCGGAUUCAAGUUCAUAUUGAUUCUGUUAGGUGUCUCUGUAAUUGCACUUCUUUCUGGAUUCAUUGUUGCGAUUCUUGCACUAUCCUUUAUAGGAGUUGCUUUCUUGUGGCUUUACGGACACUUUUUUAUAGCAAUCCCUGUCAUCUUGUGUGGAGGAAUUCUCGCCAGAUUGAACCAUGAGCGCAUUGCAGUGUUCAUUAUGACUUUGUAUUCUGUUUACUGUGGACGGGCACAUGUUGGGUGGCUUGGUCUACUAUUGGGUUUAAACUUGUCUUUUAUUUCAAGUGAUGCUCUGAUAUUUUUCUUGAAGAACAAUUUAAAUGAAAGAAGGUCUGACAGCUAUCCAGAACAAAUGGCUGGAGUGUCUGCUGAUUUUGGUGGUGGACUACCAGCUGAUCAUAGUACAGGAGGAAUACCUUCAACCAGUGAGUCUGACUCGGGAAUGACGUCUGAAAAUGAAGUUAUAAGAUUGUUGAACUGUGCAGAUCAUUAUUCAGCACUUGGUUUAUCUCGGUUUCAGGAUGUGGAUGUUUCUAUUCUCAAGAGGGAGUACAAAAGAAAGGCAAUGUUGGUUCAUCCUGAUAAAAACAUGGGUAAUGAAAGGGCUGUAGAGGCUUUCAAGAAACUCCAAAAUGCAUAUGAGGUUUUGUUUGACUCUCUUAAGAGAAAAACAUAUGAUGAAGAAUUGAGGAGAGAAGAUUUCUUGAAUUACUUCCGCAGCUUCCAAACUACUUCUCAAAAGAAUAGAGGCCGUAGAUUUACUCAGGCAGAAGGUGUUGGUGAGGAACCUCUUGGAGAGUCUAGACGGAUUAACUGCAAGAAGUGUGGCAAAUUCCAUCUCUGGAUUUGUACUGAGAGAGUCAAAUAUAAAGCAAGAUGGUGUCAGGAAUGUGAGGAGUUUCACCAGGCUAAAGAUGGAGAUGGAUGGGUUGAACAGACUUCACAGCCUUUCUUAUAUGGACUGCUGGUGAAGGUAGAGACUCCGUGUGCAUACGUUUGUGCUGAGAGUAAGAUUUAUGAUGCGACUGAGUGGUAUACCUGCCAGGGAAUGAGAUGUCCAGCUAACAGUCACAAACCUAGUUUCCAUGUGAACACAAAUGUGACACUAAAAAGUAGCAAUGGGAAGAGAAGUAGCAGCAGCUCUUCCGGGCAAAGAGGUGGGAUGCCAAACAUGGAAGAUGCGGCCACCAUGACUGAAGAGGAAUUUGUGGAGUGGCUACAAAAUGCCCUACAAGGGGGCUUUUUUAACAAUGGUGGCGGCAGCGGUUCAUCACAAUCUCCUUCAGCAGCGGCCGAGACCGGAAAGGGAAGUGGCGGCCCUGCAAGUGGUAACAAGAAAAAGAAGAAAGGAAAAAAACAAUGGUAACUGCCCCCCUCAAAUUAGCAGUCAUCUUCAACAUGGUAUUAGGAAGAGGAAAAGGUACAAAGCUGAGCGUUUAACAUUUAACUAAAUAUAUAUAUACUUGGAACACUGAUGGGGCAAAGAACAAUGUAUGUACAGUCCAUUGCCUCUGUAAAUGUUUCUUUCUUCUUGAGAAGGUUAUGCUUUGUUCAGUUGUGGUCCACUUAACAUUUCCAGUUUUUCAUUUUUUCUUGAGGAACUGAUAUCUUUCUCUAUAUUGAUGCCUGAUGGAUGGCUCAAGGACACAUUGUUAUGGAUUUUAACUUCAGCGUUUAGUACUGGUAGCGAAAUCUGCUAGUUUUUUUAUAGAAAGUAUAGAAUUGGACAAAUGUAUUUUUUCC